AUGUCCUCGAGACCCAACCUCUCAUCCCCAGCGGCAGCAGCAGCUUUGGCCGCCUCGAAUAAUAUGACUCCCAACUCUUACCAGCAAAACCCUUCAGCGACCGCACAAUAUUCCUCUACGAACGCUCCUCCGCAGGGCCAGUCACAGUCGGCAUCUCUUGCACAGCAACAACAGCUGCAGCAGAGCUCCGCAAGUUCCGGAUCCCAGGUGGUCGGUCUUCACUACAAGAUAGGCAAGAAGAUCGGAGAAGGAUCUUUCGGUGUUAUAUUUGAGGGUACCAACCUGAUCAACGGUAUUCCCGUUGCAAUCAAGUUCGAGCCAAGAAAAACAGAGGCUCCUCAGCUGAGAGAUGAGUAUAGAACUUACAAACACUUGAACGGCUUGAAAGGAAUCCCUAGCGCAUACUAUUUUGGCCAAGAAGGCCUCCACAAUAUCUUGGUUAUUGAUUUACUGGGCCCAUCGUUGGAGGAUUUGUUUGACUGGUGCGGACGUAAGUUCUCUGUGAAAACUGUCGCCCAAGUGGCCGUCCAGAUGAUCACCUUAAUUCAGAGCGUUCACGAACGUGACUUGAUCUACAGAGACAUCAAACCGGACAAUUUCCUCAUUGGAAGACACGGUCUUCCAGACGAAAACUCUGUUCAUUUGGUCGACUUUGGUAUGGCAAAGCAGUACAGAGACCCAAGAACCAAACAGCAUAUACCUUACAGGGAGAAGAAAUCUCUAAGUGGAACAGCAAGAUACAUGUCUGUCAAUACCCACUUGGGAAGAGAACAAUCGAGAAGAGAUGACUUGGAGGCGCUCGGCCACGUUUUCUUCUACUUCCUAAAAGGCCAGCUGCCAUGGCAGGGACUUAAAGCUCCGACAAACAAGCAGAAAUACGAGAAGAUUGGUGAAAAGAAAAGAACCACUUCUGUUCUGGACUUGUGCCAAGGAUUCCCUCGUCAAUUUGCUCAGUAUUUGGAGAGCGUUAGAAACUUGCAGUUUGAUGCCGAACCAGACUACGAUGGCUACAGAAAGCUGAUCAUGUCUGUGUUUGACGACAUUGGAGAAGUUGCAGAUGGACACUACGACUGGAUGGACUUGAAUGGCGGCCGUGGAUGGGACGCUACAAUCAACAAGAAGCCAAAUUUGCAUGGAUACGGACACCCAACUCCUCCAGGCGAGAGACAUCGCCACAGUCAACAGAGACGUCCAAGAAACAGCCAGCAGCCAGCAAAUGCUACUGGCAACGGACCACAAGCUUUAUCCGCAGCAGCCAUUCCUGGCAAGCUGUAUAGACCACAUGAUACACAAUCGAGUGACAGACCUUUACCAAACUUGCCAGACAAGAAUGGAAGGUUUUCGCCUGUGAACCAAGGUUCGCCUCUUGCAUCCCAACAGGCUCAACAGUAUCAGUAUCAAAACAUUCAGCAGCAGCCUCAAGCCACCAACGAGCCUGUUAAGACCCAACAACAGGUUAACGGUAAGCACGAUGGCGGAUCUAACAAGAGUAGCAAGGGAUUCCUUGCUAAGAUAUUCGGAUGCUGUGUUUAA